AUGUGUAAAGAGAAAAAUCAUAUAGUACAAAGAAAUAGAGGUGGUUUAAAAAUAUCGUUUCAGAAUUAUGAUGAUUUCCAUAUAAAUAUAAAUAACGAGGAAUAUAAGGAAGUUAAGAAAGAAGAACAAAAGAGUGAAUACGAAGAACAGAAUAAAGGAGAAAAAGAGCGUGCGAUAAAAAAUGAAAAUAUGUUACAAGGAUUGGUAGAGAGAGUAAACUACCAAAGAAGUAUAAUGAUUUCAAAAUGUAAUAUAAGUAGUAAUUUUAAGAAUUCAGUAUUGUAUUAUUAAUGUAAUUUGUAUAUCAUAAUAUUAUGUGUGAUAAUAAAUAAUUAAAAAAAAAAAAAAAAACAUGUAAAUUGCAAUUGAUCAGUCAUUUAGUUAAGGUACACUACAUGCGUAUUUAAAUUAUAAUUAGUUUUAUUUUAAGAAAAAGGAUGUAUGAUAUAUUAUUGUUAUAUUGAUAGUAUAAUAGGAUAUGACAUAUAUUGUGAUAAUAUAUUAGAUAGUUUUUAAGGUUAUAUCACUAUGACAAAUCGUGUGUCAGGUUAACUUUACGUAAAACAUGUAGACAAGUUUAUAAAAGAUUCAAUUGUAUCAUUUGGACUAUGAGUAUAUAUUAUAUCAUUAGUUUAUUUAAUGUGUAAACUAAUACAUCCGUUACGGAUGUAUACAAAUUGCACCCAUACGAAUUAUAUUAUAUAAUACGUUUUUGUGUGUGUGUGAAGAUAAGUAAAUGUGAAAGGUAUUGGUCAUGAUCAACAUUUGUACCCAUAUGUGUGUGGACUUGCAGGAAUACUGUUAUUAUAUUUCGUAUAGGUAAAUGAUUAUAAAAAAACAUUUUUUCGAGUCAUCGACAACCAAUAUAAGAUAAUAUUUUGUUGUAUAGGUUAAAUAAAUAACUAUGUGUGUGUAAUGAGGAAAAAAUCCUGAACGGGAGAGGAGUGGGACGUUAUAUAACGUCGCUAGACGGGUCUGUACAGGCUCGUUAUCGCCGAAGAAUCUAUUAAAAAAAAAGUAAAAUCCUUUGACCAAAAAAUCGACAACCGAUUUAAAAUAUUGUUUUGCUGUAUAGAAAAUAGUUGGCUGUAGCGGAGGGUAUGGGUAAUGGGUCGGCGGGGACUGCGAGUGCGCGCGGAGGUAAAAUAAUGUUGUAUAGAUAAUUGAUGAAGGUAGAUGGGCGGGGGAGUGGAAGAGAACGUUAUAGGCUCCUGGACUGCCAGGUCGGUGCCGGUCCGUUGUCGCCGACGUGUAUCGGCCAUCGUCUCGCAACCGUUUUCUCGCCAGUUUUCUCGCCGCCGUCGACUCGCCGCCGAAACCUCGCGGCCAGACGGAAGUUCGGAAGGUAGGAUAUUGAGGGAAAUUUAAUGUACAUCUGCACCUAAGCAAAUUUAAACAUUGCCAACAGAAAUGAUUCUGAGCCAAGCUCGGUUAAUAGUAUUAUUCAGGGGCGUCUUUAGGUCAAUUCUAUGGUGGGAGGAGGGCGAACAGUUUUCAUUCUUGAAUACCACCCUUUGGUCAAUAAAAACUUAAAUAAUAAAAUAAUAAAGUAAAAAUAAAAUUAUUACAAUGGUUAAUACUCGUAAAUAAAUAUAUAAAUAACAAAUUUAUAUGUAAAAAUAAAAUAAAUAAAUGAAUCAUUGCGUCGCCUGGAGUAUUAUAAUAAAUGUAUUAUACGAUCGACUUUGAAUUCAAAAUUCAUCAUCAGGUAUAUCAUAGUCAAAAUGUAAAACGUGACUCUUAAAACCUUUACGUUGAAAUAUAAGUUAUAAGUAUAAGUUAAAUAAGUUAAUUAAUAAAAAGUUAAUUCCAACUUAUAUUACAUUUACAUUUUGACUGUCAUAUACCUGAUGAUGAAUUUUUAAUUCGAAACCGGUUGUAUAAAUACAUUUAUCAUAUUAUUAUUAUACUAAUAUUAAAUAAAUUUAAAAAAAUAUCUUAUCAAUUAUUUUUAUCGCAUUUUCCGCUGGAAUUGCCUAACUUCCGUAACCGUUUACCGGGAAAUCGUAAGAGAUACGAAUUUUUGCCAAGAAGUAAAAAAAAAAAUUCUUAGAAUAGGCUACUGAGCGAGUCCUCACAAACGGUGUUAGGAAAAAUGCAAUAUUCGAGAACUUAGGAUUUUGAAUAUUAUUAAUUACGUGAAUUUACGAUGUUGGAUCCAGAGUAUAAUACAAUUGAAAAAAAUAAUAUGGGAAAUCACUAAAACUAUAUUAUAUUUUUAUCUAUUUGAAAAAAAAAUAAAUAAAAAAAAUAAAAUUUUACGUGUUGCUACCCCCUUCCCAUCAUUUUUUUUAUUUUCGAGGGGAGGGAGAGUCGUGUGAACUUCAAAACUAGAAGUACGAAACGUGUAUUAAAUAUCUAAAAGAAAAAUGUUAAUUUUUUAAAACAUUUUAGGACAGUAUGAGUACGUCCGAUUACCUAUUGGUUACUGUAAUAGUCCUUCAGCCAUUAUGAGAUUUAUUGAAUCAGUAUUUAAAGAUUUAAAAGUAGGACUACAAAUUAAUGAACAAAAAACUUAAUAUAUGAUUAUAGGCAGACAAAAUUGGAUGGAUCACGUUUUAGAGGUAGAUCAUUUUAAAUUUAAGAGAGUCAAUUCUUUCAAAUAUCUUGGCUCAAUUGUGACUGAAAAAAAAUGAUAUCACCAAGNAAAUCUCAAGCUGGAGUUAAACAGCUCUGUGACAGACUUAAUGACGCAGCACAGAAAGUAGGACUACAAAUUAAUGAACAAAAAACUGAAUAUAUGAUUAUAGGUAGACAAAAUUGGAUGGAUCAUGUUUUAGAGGUAGAUCAUUUUAAAUUUAAGAGUCAAUUCUUUCAAAUAUCUUGGCUCAAUUGUGACUGAAAAAAAAAAUAUCACCAAGGAAGUAGCCGCGAGAAUCCAAGCGGGAAAAAGGACUUAUUAUGAUUUGGAGAAACUAUUAAGUUCUAAAUCAUUAUCAAGAGAGAUAAAGAGACGUUUGUAUACUAGUCUAAUACGGCCAGUGAUAUUGUACGGAUCGGAAACCUGGGCACAAAGGAAAUCAGAUGAGAAUAAGUUUUUAAUACUAGAAAGGGAAAUAUUACGAAAGAUCUUCGGUCCAAUAAAAGAUAACAUCACANUUGCGGUGGGCAGGACAUGCAAUGCGAAGCCAGAACUCUUUACUAAGAAUGGUUUUAGAACAGAAUUCAGUAGGCAAAAGGCCUUUGGGAAGACCAAAAUUGAAAUGGGAAGAUUUAGUUAAGAGAGAUAUAGAAGUCUUAGGAGGCGGAGCAAACUGGAAGGAUUUAGCGAUGAAUAGAGAUGCCUGGAGAAUUGGUUGUAAGACGGAAUGGUCCUAG